GGUAUAUCGUAGAAAGGUAACCAUGAGAAGAAGAGCGAAGAAAAACGGAAACUCAUGAAGAAAACGGAAGAAGCAAAAAUGAAAGAGAAAUUGAAAUAAGGAUGGGCGGCGAUGUAGCGGAAAUCUCAGGUUGAGUGGAUGCUAUGCUUCUAUGUGGAACUGGAAGAAAAACAAAAGCGAACCAGGAGGGGGAGCGAAAAAGAAGGAGCUGCAUAGAGAUGAAGAAGCGAAGAAUUAUAUCUAGCAUCUAGUAGCGUUAUAGUCUUCUUUCGUCAAUUUCCUUAGUGCCCAAUCAUGAUAUCUCUCAAUCGAAUUAAUAUUCAUGUUCUUUCCUUCUCCCUUCAUCAAUUAAGUUUAUAUCUGUAUAACGCACUAUAGCCAAGAAACAUUACCAGUACAUUUAACUCAAAUCCUUUUUCGUCUAUCCCUCCUCUUGCAUCCCUUCUUACACCUCCAUUUAUCACUUUCAGGUCCGUCAUUAGUGUAAUUCACUAGGAGCAACACCGAUCAGGAGAAUAGCACACAAGUAGGGCAAUGCGGUGAAAAUGGCGAAUCUACUGGUGGCUCCGCUGAUGGAAGAAAUUAAAAAUACGUAAAGCAAAAAAGGAAGAGGAGCGAGAAAGGAUGAACUGCAUGAAAAUGGACAAAUGAAGACUAGCUUAAGCAAAUAGUAGCGUUUAGUGUUCCUUCACCGAUUUCAUUAAUAUGCAUGUUUUUACUUAGCACAAAGCAUACGCUUAGUUCUCGUCAGCAAUCAGUUGCCGCGCAGCUCCACCUAGGGCCAAUGUGUAAAUGUUUGAGUUGAUUAAGCGGACAGCGCUCCGCCGCCCAUUCGUAGCAUUCAACAUAGGCGCGUAAUGGGGAGACGGGCAACGCCCCGGGUGGCAGGUACUAGGUAUGUAAUUGCUCCUGCCUUUGCUCCUAGUUCUUGAUCAUUGUAAAUCGUAGGGGCAGUAGCGUAGUUUGUUAAGGAGAUUAAGAACUCCCCUCUACGCCGGUAGCUACGCGGAAAAUAUGUAGGCUGGUACUGACUUAUCUGAGCUUGCUUGCACAGAGGUUUGGAUAUAUCGGAACUCGCCCGCGAUACAAAAAAAAAAAA